CUCCCUCUCCUGCCUCGUGACGGUCAUGUCUUGACCGUGGAGAUAACUAUGUAGAGUCUAAUAGACGAAGCAUGUACCUAAUACCUAACAUCCCACAACACGCUCAUCUCAUCACGCACAACAGUCAAGUUGCUCACGAGGAAGCAUCAUCAAGCCCUAAGGCAUCUAAAACAACCUCCCUAAAAUCCUACAAAACAAACCCCGAUCGAGUCGAAAAAGAGACCCCACAACCACACCACCGGGUUCGCAUCCUAAUUCCUCCCUGCCCAAUGCAAAAUGCAAAAUGCAAAAUGCAAAAUGCAAAAUGCAAACCCCUUCGUUUUCGCCACCGUCAACCACCGUGGACCCAGCACAAAACCGCACAUGCAGGGGAGGCAAGCGUUCUGGAUAUUGCUGGCUAGCUGUUUAUAGUCCAUUCCCACUGACCUGACCCUAGACCCUAGGUCCCUCUCCCUCUGGCCAUGCAUCUCCGAGAAAAGAAACCCCCUCAAACCCGCCCAAGCCAAUCAUCUCUAACAAAGAAAACAACCGCUCAGGCAUCCUCCUCAUCUCCCAGUGGGCACUGAGUGGCUCGGGGCCAUUUCCCCACCCAUCACAGCAUCCCAUCUGAUCCCUGCUCUUUUGCCCCUCGCCCCAGUCUCAC